AUGCCGACAGGCACAGGAGACGGAGAGACUGCCGACGCAGCCCAGAAGUUAUCGGCUGCUCAGUCAAAAGUAGAAAUCAGAAAAUUAGAGCUCCAAGCAGAAGUAGAAAAGGAGAAGAUUCAGUUAGAACGUGAAAAACUUCAGCGUGAGGCUGAAGAAAGAAACUUACGUUCUGAAAGGGAAGCUGAAAAGGAAAGAAGGGAAGCUGAACUUAAACUUGAAAAAGAAAGGAUGGAAGCUGAAAAAGAAAGGAAGGACGCUGAGCUAAAGCUUAAAAUGAUGGAACUUGAAGUUGAGAAAUUGAAGCUGGAAAACAAAAACAAUGCAAGUGCUGUGCCAUGUAGAGUGAAACUACAGCCUUACGAUCAUGCUUCAGGCGAGGACAUUAUAUCCUAUCUCGCUGAGUUUGAAGCAUUAUCAUCACAAGCUGGCUGGACUCUGGAAAUGAAAAUGCUUCAAUUAAGAAGUCUACUAACAGGAGAGGCUCGUGAAGUUUCAGCUCAAGCCCACAAAUCAUAUGAAGAUCUGUCAAAAGCUUUGAUAGAAAGGUAUGGAAAAAAGCCAUAUCAGUACUUCAAAAUGCUAUUGGAUGUCCAAAAACACCAAAAAGAGACAUAUCGUGGACUUAUGGCAAGAGUGAAACAAUAUGUCAUACGUUUCAUUGAUGACAGUGAAGAUGUUCUUGGGAAAAUAGAAGAGGAAUUUUUCCUCAGUGCUCUUCCAGUGUCACAGGCACAAUGGAUCCGCAGGAACAAAGGAUCUGGAACUGUUGUGGAUGCAGCAGAGGAUUAUAUUUUUCCGGAGAGGAGCACAACAAAAACCAAAACACAGGUUAGUCAAGCUUCCGUAGAAACAUCAAAGACGGAAUCGAAAAAGAACUUUUCUGAUGAGCCAAUGAAGAAUGUCAGGUGUUAUAAUUGUAACAAAAUGGGCCAUAUUGCAAAGAAAUGUCCAAAGGCCAACAAGAACAACAUAAUCAACUUGUUAGUCAACAGUCAUUCUGACGGCCUUGUUCACCUGCCAGGUGAAGUAAACGGAAAGGACAUCAGUUUUGUGAAAGACACUGGUGCAGUUAUGACAUUGAUUAGGGAAGAUUUAGUCGACCCUAGAUAUGUAUUAGAGGGACAACGUCAGACUCUCUAUACAGCAAUCGGUCAGCCAUUUUCUGCAAAAUUGGCUGUAGUAGACAUGGAAACGCCAUUCUACAAGGGACAUGCCCAAGUUGGGUUGGUACCUGACCUGGCCGCGGAGGCAUUAUUGGGUAUGGACAUUAUGGAACGGAAAACCAUCAACGUGGUUACCAGAGGACAAAAACGUCAACAGGAUAAAGAGGACGCAGAGGCCUCUCAGAAAGUAACCAUGGAGACCAAGGGAAAUUCUGAAGUGGCAGAAAACCAUAAUGUCAGGGAGAGUGAGCUCAACUCACAGGCCAAUGACAGUGACGCAAAUAAGGACACUGAAGAUUCAGAAUCUAUAGCGACAACAAAUGAUGAGUCAGAGGUCAUCAUUGAAGAAAAAAAUUACACCAAGGAUAUCUCAAAAAUAAAUGUGGAAACCCUUAGAGAGAUGCAAAUAUCGGAUGUGUCGUUAGCAAACUUAAGGCGAAAGGCAGCAGAUUCUUCAGAGGAAGUUGAUUCUGAUUCCAAUGCAAUAUUUUGGGAAAACGGUGUUCUUAAACGGAAAUGGAAGGCAACAGAUGGUGUGAGAUCUGGUGUUCAGGUGAUAUUACCUGUAGAUCUCAGGAAUCAAGUAAUCGAGCUAGCUCACAAGAGAGCACUCGCAGGCCACCUGGGAGUCGAGAAAACAAAGGAACGUAUUCUCACAUCAUUCUACUGGCCAGGUGUUUUCAAGGAUGUUACACAAUAUUGUAGGACUUGUGAUGUUUGCCAGAAAGUGGCUAAGAGGCGUUGUGACGAAAAAGCGCCAUUAGUGCAACCGCCGAUAGUGGGUGAGCCCUUUUUCAAGAUCUCAAUGGAUGUAGUAGGGCCAUUGUCGAAGUCAAAGAGAGGAAAUAGAUUUAUCCUCACAGUGAUGGAUGACGCGACGCGAUACCCAGAGGCCUUUGCGCUCAGGAAUGUGGAUGCUGCAACUGUAGCUGAUACCCUGAUUGAAAUGUUUUCACGUGUUGGAUUUCCACAGGUGAUUCUUACGGAUCAAGGUUCAAAUUUUACAUCGGUGCUAUUGAACAACCUGUAUGAAAUCACGGGUAUCAGAGGGAUCACCACAUCUCCAUACCAUCCACAAGCCAACGGAAAGGUGGAAAGAUUCAAUGCUACACUGAAGGCCAUCUUGAAAAAGUUGUCAACAAGUAAUAAAGAGGAAUGGGACACUUUAUUACCCUAUGCGCUUUUUGCGUACCGUGAAGUGCCUCACGAGGAAACAGGGUUCUCGCCAUUCGAGAUGCUCUAUGGUUGGCCAGUUCGUGGUCCAAUCCAGAUUUUAGAGAAGGCUAUGACAGGUGAGGAUGAAAUUCAAAGAACUGUUGUAGACCAUGUUGUUAACAUGCGUGAGCGCCUGUCAGAAAUAAGGGACACAGUGCGUGAAACACUUGUUAUCAAACGCCAAAAGAUCAAACAAUGGUAUGACCAAAAUGCGACCAACAGGGAAUUCCGACCAGGCGAUGAAGUAUUAUUACUUCUACCCUCAGACAGCUCCAAAAUGGUUGCUCAGUGGAAGGGGCCAUAUCGGGUCAUACGUAAGGUUACCGACGUCAACUACGAGAUUAGCGUAGGAGGUCGCCGAGGGAGAGUGAUUUAUCACGUUAAUCUACUCCGCAAGUACAACAGAUCUGUACCUCAGAUAGGGUUUGUACAGAGACAGCCAGACGUUAAUCCAGCCGAGGAUGUUGGUGACAAUGUGGACGAAAUCACAGACGUGAAACUUGGCGCUAACCUCAACAAAACACAGCGGAAGGAACUACGGAGGCUUUGUGAGGACUUUCUGGAUGUCAUUAACUCAGAACCAGGUAAAACUACUCUGGUUACACAUACUAUCAAGACAACGAAUAAAAAGCCCAUAAGGCAACAGCCGUACCGAAUUCCUCAGUCAAAACGUGGAGAGGUGAAGAGGAUAAUCGACGAAAUGUUGGAGAAGGGUCAAAUAUCUCCAUCGUCAAGCCCAUAUUCAGCACCGGUAGUUCUCGUCGAGAAGCCUGACAAAUCGAUUAGACUGUGUGUGGACUAUCGCAAAUUGAACGAUAUUACUGAAUUUGACGGAUAUCCGAUACCACGCAUAGACGAAAUCUUCGAAAAACUGGGAAAAGCCAAGUAUUUAAGCACCAUGGACUUAGCCAAGGGCUACUGGCAAAUUCCUUUGGCAGAGGAGUCACAGGAAAAAUCAGCUUUUGUAACGGAAUUCGGCCAAUUCAAAUUCCAUGUAAUGCCAUUCGGAAUGAAAACAGCGCCAGCUACUUUCGCUCGAAUGAUGGACAAAAUGCUGAGAGGACUGUCAAAUGUAGUUGCCUAUUUUGAUGACAUUGUGGUUUUCACCGAGACAUGGGAAGAUCACAAGACUCAGUUACGCAACGUUCUACAGCGUCUGAGAGAAGAUGGCUUAACCGUGAAACCCUCCAAAUGUAUUCUUGGAGAGGAGGAGCUGUAUUGCCUUGGUCAUGUUGUUGGCCAUGGAUCUGUCAAGCCUGAUGACCGGAAAAUAAAAGUCAUGACUGAUUUUCCACUCCCUCAGUCCAAAAAGGGAGUAAGAUCAUUCCUCGGAAUGACGGGAUAUUAUCGUAAAUUUGUGAAAGACUAUGCACGAAUCGCGGAACCAUUGACCGAUAUGUUAAAAUCAAAAGAACCUACAAAAGUUGUAUGGACCGAAAAUAGAGUGAACGCGUUCAGGGCUCUGAAGGAUGCAAUGACACAAGCUCCAGUAUUAAUCAACCCUGACUUUGAAAAGCAUUUCUAUCUACAAACAGACGCGAGUAACACAGCUAUAGGUGGAGUUCUGAGCCAAAAAGUUGACGGUGAUGAGCACCCAGUCGCGUACACGAGUCGAAAACUACUCCCACGUGAAAUUAACUAUUCGACAGUAGAGAAGGAAUGUUUAGCCAUUGUGUGGAGUAUUGAGACAUUUGGAUAUUAUCUGAAUGGUGUUCAGUUCACGGUUGAGACUGAUCACAACCCAUUAGUUUGGCUGGAGAAAACCAAACUGAAAAACCAGAGACUGAUGCGAUGGGCCUUAGCAUUACAGCCCUAUUGUUUUGACAUUAACUAUCGAAAAGGCUCAAACAAUGCAAACGCUGAUGGGCUAUCGCGCAUCGAGUAA